AUGGAUAAUGAGAUCACCCCGGCGCCUCCAGUAGGCGUGACUGCAUCCAACCAAUUCAACCGUCAUGAUACCACCACUGCCGCUGGCUCGGCCGCUAUUCAGAAGCUCAACAACGAGGACAACGUUCCAGGAAGUCCGUUCGCCUUCUCGCCGACCCAGUUGUGCGAGUUGAUCGAAAACCGAAACCCCAAUUCGCUCAAUGCCUUUGGGGGUCUGACUGGUCUUGCCAGCGGCCUCCUCGCCGAUAUCAACGCCGGCCUUGGCGUCGACGAGAACAUCAUCGACGGGGCGAUCUCGAACUCGGACCUGUGUAGAGGAAAUCUAAACAUGUCAAACCGCUCCCAAACGGACAGCAAGCCUUUCACGAAACUAACCUCGGCUGCUGGCAGCUUCACCGAUCGGCGAAGGAUCUAUGGCGAAAACCGUGUGCCCGGAAGGAAACCCAAAACCUUCCUUCAAUUGCUUUGGAUGGCUUUCAACGACAAGCUCAUGUUUCUCCUGACGGCCUCCGCCACCGUAUCGCUUGCACUUGGGAUCUAUCAGUCCGUUGCCGAUGCUGGGCAAGGCACGAGUAUCGAAUGGGUGGAGGGCGUCGCCAUCAUCGUCGCCGUCGCCGUCAUCGUCCUUGCGACGGCCAUCAACGAUUACCAGAAGAAUUCCAAGUUCCAGAAGCUGAACCAGAAAAAGGAAGAACGAACCAUCACCGCAAUCCGAUCAGGCAGACACCGGCCCAUUUCCAUAUUCGACAUCCUCGUCGGCGACGUUUUGCAUCUGGAGGCCGGAGAGGUCGCUCCCGCGGAUGGCGUCCUCGUCCAGGGAUUUGGCAUCCAGUGCGAUGAGUCCGCCCUGACCGGCGAGUCGGAUCUAGUUGCCAAAUCCCCCGUCACACACGACGCCCGAACAACAAUCGACCCCUUCAUCCUCGGAGGAACGAAGAUUACGGCCGGCGUGGGGAAAUACCUUGUGCUCGCCGUUGGCGUCAACUCUUCCUACGGCAGGAUCAUGAUGUCCCUGCGGGACGAUAUCCAAGAGACGCCGCUUCAGCAAAAGCUUGGUAUUCUAGCCAAGUACAUCAUCACCUUCGGCCUGGCGGCGGGUGCCAUCUUCUUCACGAUCAUGUUCGUGCGCUUUCUCGUUGAUCUCAACAGCAUUCAAGGCGGCCCCAAGGAAAAGGGCCAUGCCUUCCUGGAAGUCCUCAUCCUAUCAAUCACAGUUGUCGUCAUCGCCGUGCCCGAAGGCCUCCCGCUCACCGUCACCCUUGCUCUGGCGUUUGCAACGACCAGGAUGCUGAAGGAUAACAACCUGGUCCGCCUACUUCGGUCUUGCGAAAUCAUGGGGAACGCAACGACUGUCUGCUCAGACAAAACAGGCACCCUCACCACGAACCAAAUUGGCGUAGUGACGGGCAUACUCGGUUCAUCAAGUGCUUUCCACGACGUUCACCUUGCGCCGGCGGCAAUCGACGACGACGCCGCUUCUCCUUCGACAGCUGAAACCUUCAGAGUACUCCCGAGCGAGGUCAAAGAGCUUCUGAAAACGGCCUUCGUUCUGAACUCGACGGCCAUCGAAACAAGCGAGCGUUCCAGGUUCGUUGGGUCGAGCACCGAGACGGCCCUGCUGAAGUUUGCACUUGAUCAUCUUGGCCUAGGUAGCUUGGACGAGGAAAGAGCCAACGGAAACAUUGUGCAGGUGAUACCCUUUGACGCCUCCAGGAAGUGGAUGGCGGUCAUCGUGAAGCUUGGAGACGGACGCCACCGAAUGCUGGUCAAGGGAGCGGCCGAGGUCGUCUUAGCCAGAUGCACCGAGAUCGUGCGGGAUCCAACGACUAGCAACGACGCCGUAGAGAUCACGCCCGACCAGAUACAGACGCUGGACAAAAAGAUCUUGAGUUACGCCCGCCGGUCUCUGCGUGUAGUGUCCAUCGCCUACCGAGACUUCGACGACUGGCCCCUGCAGGAGUCCCCUCAACUGAACAGUCUUCCGGGUCUAGUGUUUUUCGGGGCUUUUGGUAUGCGGGAUCCUCUGCGGCCCGAAGUCAUCGAGUCGGUCCGGCACUGCCAGUCUGCUGGCGUCUUCGUCCGCAUGGUGACGGGCGACAACUUCUUCACGGCAAUCGCGAUAGCUUCGGAAUGUGGAAUCUACACCGCCGGCGGAAUUGCGAUGGAUGGACCGACCUUCCGUAAGCUGUCGCCGACGCAGCUAGACCUCGUCGUACCACGCCUGCAGGUUCUCGCCAGGUCCAGCCCCGACGACAAAUUACGUCUCGUUUCGCACCUCAAAAGCCUCGACGAGAUUGUUGCCGUGACGGGCGAUGGUACGAACGAUGCGUUGGCCUUGAAAGCGGCCGACGUUGGGUUUUCCAUGGGUAUCUCCGGCACCGAGGUGGCCAAAGAGGCUUCGGCAAUAGUUCUCAUGGAUGACAACUUCGCCUCCAUCGCCAAGGCCAUCUCCUGGGGAAGAGCCGUCAACGAUGCGGCCAAGAAGUUCCUCCAGUUUCAAUUCACCAUUAAUGUCUCCGCCGGGAUCCUUACGGUUAUCUCUGCUCUCGUCGGCGGUACAGAAUCCUCGGUCUUCAGCGUGGUUCAACUCCUGUGGAUCAACCUUAUCAUGGACACCUUUGCCGCGCUGGCCCUCGGGACCGACUUUCCGACGCCAGAUCUACUCAAGCGCAGGCCUGAACCAAGAGGGAUAUCAGUCCUGAACACGACCAUGUGGAAAAUGAUUCUCGGCCAGUCCCUGUACCAACUCGCGGUGAUUUUCACCUUGCAUUACGCCGGGGAGAGAAUCUUACAGUAUCACACGGAGCGGCAGUUGUUGGAACUGCAGACCAUGAUUUUCAACACUUACGUAUGGAUGCAGUUCUUCAACCAGAUUAAUUGCCGUCGCGUAGACAACCGCUUCAACGUGCUUGAGGGCGUCCAGCAAAACCCUUGGUUCAUGCUUGUCCAAUCGGUCACCCUAGCAGGCCAGAUUAUAAUCAUUUUCUUUGGCGGAGAAGCCUUUCACGUCGUUCCUCUAACAGCUACCCAAUGGGGGUGGUCCAUAUUGUUUGGAGUCUUGACUAUUCCAGUAGGAAUCGGCAUCCGUCUCAUUCCUGAUUGGAUACUCUUCAAGUCUUGGGGCUUUUGUUUCUUCUUCCUUUCAAGGUUUAAGAGGCACCGCUCAAGGGAAACUCAAAACGCAGGCCACGGGUUGUUAUCUUACCUGCAGCUUGCCCGCCCCUUCGUCAGGCUCGGGCCUUAUGGGAAACUCCAACCUGUUUCUCACGAACCCUCAGGAGGGCGAAAGCCUGCAACACCCUCUCAACGCCCCCCAAAAAACAACUCACCACUUAGCAUUAUCGUAUUGCUCUGGCUCAAUCUCAGCGCCCAAUCCCACCAAAUGGAACGAGUGGACGAGUCGAAGGGAUGCGACGGAAAGAGGAGUCGCAGAAACCAAAGUCACGACUCGGCCCCCCUCGAUACAAAACGGCGAAGAACACAGGGGGCUUCCAGCGAUUACGACCGAUGCCGAGUUCAAAAUGUAUCAUCAAGAAGAUUUCCACAUACUGAGUACACAGUGGGAUGGAUUUGCGCGCUUCCCAUCGAGUUGGCCGCGAGCCAAGCCAUGUUAGAUCGCACCCACGAAAGUUUGCCGACGAAAGAGAACGACGAUAACACAUACACGCUGGGAAACAUUGGGCACCACAACGUUGUCAUGGCGUGUCUGCCUUUGGGCCAAUAUGGAACGAAUAAUGCUGCGAUCGUCGCAAGCAACAUGCAUCGAAGCUUCCCCUCUAUUCGAAUCCGGCUGAUGGUGGGUAUUGGCGGCGGCGUACCAGGCCAUGUUGAUAUUCGACUCGGGGAUAUUGUGGUUGGCAACAGGGUAAUACAGUACGACAUGGGGAAGAUGCUUUCUGGUGGUCGGAUUCAACGGACCGGCGUCCCGAAAGAACCACCGUCUGCCCUCUUGAAAGCCAUAGCUCAACUGCAGGCGCAUCACGAACGAACGGCUAGCCAAGUGCCCGCUAUUCUCGCAAAAAUCUUCGAGCGUUAUCCCAGUCUCUCCAGAUUCGCCUAUCCGAGCGCACUCGAAGAUCGACUGUUUCGCGCGACCUACGAGCACGGUCAACAGCCAGACUGCCAUCAAUGCGACCUUUCAGAGUUACAAGAUCGACCCGAAAGGACAAGUCGAGAUCCCAAAGUGUGUUAUGGUGGCAUUGCAUCUGGAAACCAAGUUGUCAAAAGCGCCAGAUAUCGUGACGCCCUCGCGAAAGAGCUCGACAUCAUCUGUUUCGAGAUGGAAGCGGCCGGCUUGAUGGAUAUAUUCCCAUGUCUUGUGAUUAGAGGAAUCUGCGAUUAUGCAGACUCUCACAAGAACAAACAGUGGCAACCCUAUGCAGCAGCAACAGCUGCAGCCUUCGCAAAAGAAUUCCUCUCUGUCAUCGCUACAAGCGCAGCAGCGAUGACGCCAGCAGUGGUGCAAGACUCAAGGGCAACAGAAACGCCAACGCCAACGCCACACGAAAAUGAAUCAUGUCUCCAUGAUCGCCGAGGAGAGGUUUUGGACUUGCUACGAUUCGAUCAACUAGACGCUCGGCAUGCAACAAUCAAGGCAGCGCACAGACAGACCUGUUCAUGGCUGCUAGAGCAUGAUUCCUACAAAGACUGGCUGGAUCCUAGCAAAGCAGCCCAACACCGUGGCUUUCUAUGGAUCAGCGGAAAGCCUGGCGCUGGAAAGUCAACGUUGAUGAAGUUUGCAUACGGCAACGUGAGAAGACGGUCCGAAGCCAACACCUGUCACAUUUCCUUCUUCUUCAAUGCCCGGGGAGAUGAACUGGAGAAAUCAACAAUCGGACUACAUCGGUCCCUGCUGCUACAGGUUAUGGAGCGUUUCCCAGAUCUACAGUCGGUUCUCGACGAUCCAGUCCUUAUCCCACAUCACCUGUCAGUCUGCCCUACCACCGAAGUUCUCAGAGAACUUUUCCGCAACGCUGUGAUGGGUCUCGGCCAGCGGCGUUUGGUCUGCUUUGUUGACGCUCUUGAUGAGUGCAAUGAAGAACAGGUUCGAGAGAUGGUGACGUACUUCGAGGAUCUCGGAGACGAGGCCACCAACGACGGCAUACACCUCCAGAUCUGCUUUUCCAGUCGCCAUUAUCCUCACAUUGAAAUUGAGAACGGUUUGCGACUCACUCUUGAAGACCAGCCCGGACACGAGAAAGAUCUUGAAAAAUACGUCCGAAGCUGCCUGCGGGUAGACACACGCUCGGACGCCGAGGAAAUCAAGAACGGGGUCCUGAAGAAGGCCAACGGCGUCUUCAUGUGGGUUGUUUUGGUUGUCGACAUUCUGAACAAGGAGUACGCACGCGGCCGCAUCUUCGCAGCAAGAAGAAAACUCGACGAGAUUCUGAGCCGAAUGAGCGAGCUGUCCAAAGAUAUCGUCAGACGCGAUAACGAUCACAUGGAGGAUCUCCUGCUCUGCAUCCAGUGGAUACUCUACGCAAAGUGGCCGCUAACCCGAGAGGAGUUUUACUUCGGGAUGCUUUGUCGUUCGCCUGAGGAUCUCAGUGUGUUCGACCCGGAUAUGAUCACCAACAGUGAUUUGGACCUAGCUGUCGUUCGCUCGUCCAAAGGGCUGGCGGAGAUCACAAAGUCGAAAGUCGGGACCGUCCAAUUCAUCCACGAAUCGGUACGCGACUUUUUCAUCAAAGAUAACGGGCUGCAGGAGAUUUGGCCCGAGAUUGGCGAGAAGUUUCAAAGUACGGGACAUGAGAAGCUGAAACAGUGCUGCCAUGCAUACAUCAACUUUGGAACGACUAGCCACGUUGAUAUUACUGAGUCACUUUCGAAGGCCAACUCACCAGAAGCAAAAGAGCUACGGCAGAUAAUAUCAAAGGAGUUACCGUUUGCCGAGUAUGCAACCAAGCAUGUGCUAUACCACGCCAAUGCUGCUGCGACUGAGAUAUUCCAACAUGACUUCUUGAAGGGGUUUUCCCUGCGAGAGUGGAUCCAUCUCAACAACCUCUUUGAGAAGCAUGAAAUCCGACGAUAUACACCAAACGCAAACCUCGUCUACAUCCUGGCGGAAAAGAAUCUAAUCAAGUUGAUUGAAACAUUUGUGAGAGAUCAUCACAACGUUCACGUCAUGGGAGAGAGAUAUCAGCUUCCAAUGUUUGCUGCUCUGUCCAACGGGCAUCUGCUUGCAGCCAAGGCACUUCUCGGACAGGCUGCAAAAUCCUACCGUCAGGAAGACCUCUUCUCAAACAUCCGUAGUAAGAAGGACCGUAUCAUCCGGAGGGACCAGACACCACUUCAUUGGGCUAUCGAAAACCGACAUGUAGCCCUUGCCACCAUUAUGAUUGCCGACAAAGACAUUGAUCUAAGUCUGGUUGACAGAAACCGCCGUACAGCACUUCAUUUGGCCUCUGCACUUGGCGAUGAUGCUGCCGUAGUCGUUCUGGUCGAAAGUUUGAUCGAUCUCCAUGCAGAGCGUUUAAACAAAGCAUUGGCAUCAGCCAUGGAUACCACUCAGACAGACCAAUCAACAACAGCCAAAGCUAGUGUUGAUAAGUUCGCGUAUAUCAACAGGAAGGAUAUUGGGGGGAGAUCGCCGCUAUCGUAUGCUGCUGCCGAUGGAUCCAAGCAUGUCGUUAGAAGCAUAUUGACAAGGGUGCUUCGAUCGACAUAA